CAAAACCACUCCUAGUAACACUUCCAGUCACCAACAGCAACUGCCAGCCAGCAAAAGCAGAUAACAGCAGAGGUAAACUUCCAGUCUGCUUUAGUCUGAAAACCUGAAUCUCGGUGGAAAAGGGAUUUUAGCUGUUGGAAGCAACUGGAAGCACAUCAGGCGUCUUCUAUUCAGUGGUCAAAUCUUCAAAGGCUUUGUGAGCAGUGGAAGUUUUUGCAUCUGGAAAGCUCUCCUGAGCUACAGUCUUCAGUGCCAAAAUUGGUCUGUGAAGGCAGUGAAACCCAACCCUACUGCACUUGAAAAGAACAGCAAGCACAGAAGGACAACAACUCACCCGUACUCUUAAUUGAUCUGGUAUUUCUACAAGACAGCUGGAUGGGGAAGAACAGUUCAGCUCUCAGUCUGCUUUGAUUGUGCCUCCCUUCCAGGCUGACUAACCACACUGAGCCACUCUAGGACACUAACUUCUACCAUACCUAGAUUCCCGCAGAAGGACGGAACAAUCCCACGGGACCAAUGUCAGCUUUCAACAUACUAAAACAGUCUCCUCAUCAAGGAGAUAAGAAGAGCCCCUCUGUUGCAAUUAAAAGCAGACAACAGGCUACUCAUGAUAUUAAUAAACGACGGACCCUUUUGCAAGAUAACAGCUGGAUAAAGAAGAGGCCUGAGGAGGAAAGUGCUGAUGAAAACUACGGAAGGGCGGUGCUUAACCAAUACAAAUCCCAAGAUAGCCUACACAGUAGCACAAAUGGAAAGGAUGAUCAGAAAGCUGUUCUUGGACGAUACAGAUCUGAUACCACCUUGGACAGAAUUCCAGCUGGAAGUGAUACUGAUAAAACAAAUAAGUCCCCAACUCUGAACCAUAAGCAAAACAACAGACAGUCUUGGACUCCUAAUGCAGCAUCCACAACCACUACAGUCACUUCUCCAAUCAAGAAAAAGAGGCAAUCUUGGAUGCCUCCCCCAGUUUCGAGUAGUAAGACUCCGACAGAAAAACUGGAAAGCAAACGAACCACUUCAGAAAACUCAGAGGCUCCAACAAUGGCUACCCCUUCAUCAAAACACGUGACCCCUCAGAAGCCAGAGCCUGAUGUGGAUGAUCAAGCUACAGCAAGAGGAAAAGACCUUUCAGAUUUGACUGAAAAAAAUACUGCUGAUCAGAAGAAUAAGAGAGAUGAGGACCUUGGGGAUCACACUGAAGUAAAGUCUGCUGAUGGCCAAAGUAAAAAGUGGAUAAUUGAGAAAGCAUAUGAAAAUCCUCCAAGGGCUCCAAAUAAUCUCCCAGAAAUAAACUACUCUAGUGACAGUGAAAAAAAGACCAGCAAAUCAUCACUCAGCGGCUAUGAAAAAAAUAUAACUGGAAAUACUAUCAAAACUGUUUAUUCUACUUCUGAUCGGAGUAUAAUUGGAAAAGAUAUAUGUACAUACUGCAGGAAGCCCUUGGGCAUAGAUGCCAAAAUGAUCUUAGAUGCCUUGCAAAUUCACUGUCAUUCGACUUGCUUCAAGUGUGAAGUAUGUAAGAGACCUCUGGAAGAUCUAAAAGCAGGAGACAGCAUUUGGAUUUACAAACAAACUGUGCACUGUGAGCCUUGUUAUUCCAAAGUUAAAGAAAAAUGGAUCUACUAAUUUUGACGUACAUAAUGUAUGAUGAAGAAAUUACUACAGUUUAGUUAUCUGUAUUGGCCUGUUAAUUCAAAACACUAUGGGAAAUUAUUCAUUUUUACGGCUGGGAAUUCUCUGAAUGAAGUCCUACAGCAUGGUUAUUAAAAUAAUUAUUUUAAUGAGAAUUUAGAUGCAUUUUCACACUCAUUGCAGGAAGAAAAACAAGAUAUUGGUCAGUAUAUUUAUCAGAUCUGUGAAACCACUAAAUUUUAUGUAAAAUCAAUGAUAAUUUAUUGAAAUUUUCUGAAUGCCAGGACAUUCCUACAUACUUGUUUUGAAAGGGCUGUAUUCUCUUUUCCUCCAAUAUAAAGACCUGUUUGCUUAAUAUAGCAUGAAUGGGAUUCUUCUCAUCAAGAUUAGCCAUUUAGAAGUCAGUAAUUCAGUUUAAACUACUGUUUUUCAUGGAGAGGGAAGUGGGUUCAUAUUGUACCUCCUAGGGGAGACAUCAAACUCUAGAGAAAGGUUCUUCCCAAAUAACUUAAAUUAUAAGUUUGAGAUGGAACAAAUAAUUUUUGGAAAAUGCAUCUCUACUACUGCAGAAGGAAUCUGGACAAAAAUUGCUAGAAGGUUUUAAGAACUACACCACUCCAUGUUUGCAAUUCUGGUAUCACCAUUUUUUUAAGCAGUGCACACUUACUAGUUGCCAUGAAAUAAUGAAACACCUACUUUGCAUGACAGUAUGUUGUUGUAUUUAUCUUUCCUGCUUUUAUUAAACUGGCUAUCAAAACACUUUGGAUCGAUUCAUCUUGCCUAAAUUUAUACAUCUACAGUAUACAGUGUAGAUUUCUGUUUCUGAGUUACUUGAUUUAUUCUAUCCUAUAUAGAAAAGCAGACAUUUGUAGGAAGCAAUUCAAUUGGUCAGACUGCAAACAUCUAUUUUACUGUGACAUUAAUCAAUGUGCAUCUUUACUUCCAUGGUUUGCAAAGGAACCUGGAAUGAACAGCUCAGAUUUCUAGACAUCUACACUAUGUCAGUUACACUCCUUCUUUUGAGACUACAGUGAAACCUUUUUUUUUCCUUAUGGAGAGAAUAAAAGUAUAGAAACUGAAAGAAGAAUUCAUGCUUAGUUAUAAUAUGUUGUCUAAAAUAAUCAACAGUUCAGUAGCUUACUGGACAGACAAAUGCAUUGACUACAAGUCUUUGUCAUGAGAUGCUUUAGAUUAUGGUUUAUUCAGAACGGAUUUUUCUUUCUUACAUCUCAGUUUAAAUGGACUUCCUGGACAUGAAAAAGACAGAGCUAGUGUUUGAAGGCUGCUGGACCUAGGCAAGAGCUUAAAAGCAUGCAAAGUAUUACAGCCAUAGGUUAAUAAUAGACUGGUGAGUAGCUGUCCCAGUCAAACUCUCUCUCCUUGACUGCACAUUUCAUAGGGGACGCAGGAGGUAUGGAUGUCUGUGUAAUUUAAACCACUGGGCCUGCAGGUGAAUCAGUAUGUAUCUGGCUUAAAGGAUGUUCAGACUGAUUAUGCAAUGGAGACAGGAGACAGCAGAUAUUUUGUUUUGUUAAUUUUAUGAAUAUCUUAUUAAUUAAUGUCAGUAACUCUAAUAAAUCUUUAGUUAUUGAUAA